AUGUCCAAAGCAAGUCAGCCCGAACUAAAGAAGUUUAUGGACAAAAAACUUUUCGUCCAUCUGCAAGGCGGGCGGAAGGUUAGCGGAACUCUCCGCGGCUACGACCUUUUCCUCAAUCUCGUCAUCGACGAUGCCGUCGAGGAAACAACCCCAGCACAAAAGCACCAGAUUGGCACCGUCGUCAUCCGUGGUAACAGUGUAACAUCGAUGGAGACGUUAGAAUCGGUACGAUAG